CUGACACAAAAGCCUGAUGGCGCUGCCCGGAGGAGACAGACAACACCUCGGCGCCGCGUGAGGAGAGCACAGUGACCGGCGGAAGCAGAUGACCAUCAGCCUGUGGAGGCUCGGACUGCGGGGUUCUGCUGGAGGAGCAACUAACCUGGAUCAAUGAAGACGCGAGGCAUGGAAACUUUCAAGCAACAGAACGUGGAGGAUUUCUACGACGUUGGGGAAGAGUUGGGGAGUGGACAGUUUGCCAUUGUGAAGCGCUGCACGGAGAAGAGCUCAGGUCUGGAGUACGCGGCCAAGUUCAUCAAGAAGCGCCAGAGUCGAGCCAGCAGACGUGGUGUGAGGAGGGAGGAGAUUGUGAGGGAGGUGGAGGUCCUGCAGCAGCUGCAGCACCCCAACGUGGUGGCUCUUCACGACGUGUACGAGAACCGCACGGACGUGGUGCUGAUCCUGGAGCUGGUUUCCGGUGGAGAGCUCUUUGACUUCCUGGCUCAGAAGGAAUCGCUGAGUGAAGAGGAGGCCACACAGUUCAUCAAACAGAUCCUGGACGGAGUGGAGUAUCUCCACCAGAAGAGCAUCGCUCACUUCGACCUGAAGCCUGAGAACAUCAUGCUGCUGGACAGGACUGCCUCGCUACCUCGCAUCAAGAUCAUUGACUUCGGACUUGCGCACAAAAUAGAGGACGGUGCCGACUUUAAAAACAUUUUUGGGACCCCUGAGUUUGUGGCUCCUGAGAUAGUGAACUAUGAGCAGCUGGGACUGGAGGCCGACAUGUGGAGCAUCGGAGUCAUCACGUAUAUACUUCUGAGCGGCGCGUCGCCGUUCCUCGGCGACACCAAGCAGGAAACCUUGGGAAACAUCUCGGCCAUGAACUACGACUUUGACGAGGAAUUCUUCAGCAACACCAGCGAGCUGGCCAAGAGCUUCAUCAGGCAGCUCCUGGAGAAGAACACCAGGAAGCGUAUGACCAUUCAAGGCGCCCUCAACCAUCCGUGGAUAAAGUCCCGCAACAACGCCGACGACCAGGUGUCUGCGGAGAAGAAAGGCGAGCAGCUGAAGACAAAGCGUCUCAAGGAGUACACUAUUCAGUCCCAUUCCAGUAUGACUCCCAACAACACUUACGUCAACUUCGAGCGCUUCGCACAAGUGGUCCAGGACAUCGGUGCGAUGGAGUCGGGUCUGACAGAGGUGGCCGGAGCCCACCACACCUUACAGGAGGACAUCGAGGCCCUACUCUCCAUUUAUAAUGAAAAAGAAUCCUGGUACAAGGAGGAGAGCGAGACGGCCAGGAAGCAGCUGUCUCAAGUUCACUACGAGUUCCGCAAAGUGGAAUCCUCCAGGAAGCUGCUGCAGGAAGAUAUGAGGGGCGUGAACGCCUGCCUGCAGAGCAUCAGCACCAAGUACCAGCAGAGGCAGAGUCAGCUGGACGGCCUGAGGCAGGAGCUCAACUCUGAACUGCAAUGGCUGCAGGGAGUGGUGAGCUCCUUCCACCCAGAAGCAGCGAGCGGAAGUAUCCAUGCCAGCAGCCUGAGCAACGGCGUGACGUCUGGAGUGAAGCAGGCGCUGAAGGAGCUGCUCCAGCAGACCUGCAGGACCGACCUGAGCCCGGAGGCCGGGCCGCUCCCCGAGUCUGGCUAGACAGCUCUCUGGGAUGACUGGUGUUUUUUCAUUUUUUUCGUCCUUAAGGUUCGAAGAUAUUUAAAGAUCCAACUCCCAAUAAUCAUCAUCACUUUCUGGAAACAUCAUGUCACCGUCUCCUGUGUCGCAUUCAUCCUAAGCAUCAGUGAGAGACCAAAAAUCACAUGUGAUAGCGGGUCAUCUUUGCAGCCAUUACUUUAGAAAUCCAUUUAAGACUGUGAUGUUAGUGAGCACUUCGGGUCAUGGAAUACAAUGAUGGCACCGUCUUUUGAAUUGAACAUGAAGACUAAUAUGAAACAACUCAACUGAUAUGUAAAUAUUAUAAUAACAAUAUACAUUUUUUUAGUGCUAUUUACACAACAUUUUUUUCUUCAAAGUUUUACCCUAAAUACAGCACAAACUACUUGAUUGGAUUUAUUUAUAUUUAUUUAUUUUAUCUAGAGAAGUACAUGGUCUUGUAUAUACGUGAAUGAAACGCUGUAAUGACUGUGUAUUAUCAAAGAAACGACUGCACUGUGGAACACUUUCAUCAGAACUGACUGCUACAUUUGAAGAAGCUAAAUGUUGCGGCUAACCACUGUAUUAAUCAACUGACAUGGCUUUCAUUUGCAUAUAUCAUCAAAAACCAAUGGCUUUUCAGUAUCCGAUUUUGCCUCACGUCCUGUUCCUCUUGUACGUCACAGAAGUAAAAAUGCUUUGAAGUCUGAAUUAGUAUGCUAGCUACUUGUCAUUGUCCAGGCUGUUGAGUGUUACUCUCUAAAGCACUUCUCCAUUACGUAAGAAAACAUUUAUUUAAAAUAUUGUUAAUAAUACAAACAAAUGCAUACCAUAGCCUCUUUUUAAAUCAUUUCUGGUAAAUAGGUUAAUAAACGUCAUACUAAGGCGGUGCAUACGUUGGUUCUAGCGGCUGCCAAAAAUGUCAAAAAAUAUUUGCCAUAUUUUUCUGAAUAUGAGUCGCACCGGUCAAAAAAAUGUUUCAUGAAGAUGAGUCAUCAAACUUCCGGUUUAAUUCCAUGAGCAGCAGAUUUGUUAUUUUUCAAAUAACGAAACAAGACAACCCACAAUCGUGUCCUUUUUGAACACUUUCCUGCAGAACAACUGCCGCCAGUAAUACUAAUGUUUACUCCUUACUCAUGUCGGUCCAAGUGAAAUAAUGUUUAAGGAUUUUUGGAAUUAUACAUUUUAAAAUAAUUGUAUCUGAGUAUCAGUUUUAGGACCAGUGAAAAAAUAUGGUGGUCAUAACAUUAAGCUUUGUUUCAGCCAAUACAUGUAUCAUUUAAGGCUAUUCCUAUUUAGCACUCGAAACUUGAAGAAUUAAACUAGUCAUGUUGCACUGCUUGAAUUUUGUUUAGCCAUUAAAUUUGAUAAUUUUCUGUCUAAUAUUUUUGAGUGCAUUAUAACUGGAGUGAGUUUCAGAUUUAUUUAUUUUGUCAUUCCACUUUCACUGAUUUUUUUUUUUCUUUUUCAAUGCGGAUUUAUAUGUAAACUAGAGGCACAUAUUUUUAUUUAUUUAUUGUGUAUUUAAUGACUUUAAAUGUGCACUUUUACUUGUGUUAUUUUUUUUGUAGAGUUUUCUUUAUUGGAAACAUGAAGCCAUCAUGAACAACAAAUAAAUGCCAGUUUAUUGUCAAGCUGAAUCUGUUUGAUUCUUGCUGACUCAUC